CGGCAACCAGUUGAAGUUGAAGGCGAAUUUACAACAUAAAUGCAUUGAACAGAGCAGGCAUUUUUCUGGUUUAUGAACAACCAUGGCAGAAGAAGACAUCUACACUAAAGAUGGAACAAUUGAUUUCCGUAGCAAUCCUGCAGUCAAGAAGGAAACAGGAACCUGGAAAGCGUGUCCCUAUAUCCUUGGAAAUGAAUGUUGUGAGAGAUUGGCAUACUAUGGGAUUAACACAAAUCUAGUCAAUUAUCUCAAAUUUCAACUGAACCAGCGCAAUGUUGUGGCUAUCAAUAAUGUUACUAAUUGGUCUGGAACAUGUUAUGUCACUCCACUCCUUGGAGCCUUUCUAGCAGAUGCAUACUUGGGAAGAUAUUGGACAAUUGCUGGUUUCUCCAUCAUCUAUGUCUUUGGGAUGACAUUGUUAACACUGUCAGCAUCUGCGCAUGGGCUGAAACCACUCUGUGAUGGACAAAACGUUUGCUAUCCAACAGGGUUACAGACUGCAGUGUUCUUUGUAGGACUUUACCUGAUAGCGCUGGGGACUGGAGGGAUUAAGCCUUGUGUCUCGUCCUUUGGCGCUGAUCAAUUUGAUGACUCUGAUGAGACUGAGAGGAAAAGCAAGAGUUCUUUCUUCAAUUGGUUCUAUUUUUCAAUCAACAUUGGCGCCCUUCUUGCUUCUUCUGUGCUGGUAUGGGUACAAACCAACGUGGGUUGGGGUUGGGGUUUUGGGAUCCCUGCUGUGGCCAUGGGAAUAGCUGUUAUGAGUUUCUUCUCAGGCACCCGAUUGUACAGAAACCAAAAGCCAGGUGGUAGUCCCUUGACACGCAUCUGCCAGGUGAUAGUUGCAUCCUUGAGGAAAUUUCAAGUAGAGGUGCCUGCUGAUAAGUGUCUUCUCUAUGAGACUGCAGACAGUGAAUCUGCUGUCACAGGAAGCCGCAAGCUUGAUCACACAAAGCACUUAAGUUUCUUUGAUAAGGCAGCCGUGGAGACACACAUUGAUGCGAUAAAAGGAUCAGUAGAUUCCUGGAGACUCUGCACUGUGACCCAGGUUGAGGAACUCAAAUCAAUAAUAAGGUUGCUGCCCAUUUGGGCCACUGGCAUCGUGUUUUCGGCAGUGUACAGUCAGAUGGGCACCCUAUUUGUCCUCCAAGGCAACACUAUGGACCUUCACAUUACCGGCUCCUUCCAGAUUCCGUCAGCCUCUCUCUCACUCUUCGACACCAUCAGCGUGAUCUUCUGGGUCCCCAUCUAUGACCGUUUGAUCGUACCUUUUGCCAGGAAAUUCACAGGCCACAAAAGCGGUUUCACCCAACUUCAACGGAUAGCAAUUGGCCUGGUCAUCUCCAUCUUUGCCAUGUUGGUUGCCGGUACUUUGGAGCUCCUGAGACUGCGCAUGGUGAGGGAACACAACUACUACGAGCUCAAGCACAUCCCCAUGUCAAUAUUUUGGCAAGUCCCACAGUACUUCAUCAUAGGUUGCGCAGAAGUUUUCACCUUCAUUGGACAGUUGGAAUUCUUCUAUGAGCAGGCCCCCGAUGCCAUGAGGAGCCUGUGCUCAGCUCUUUCCCUCACAACUGCUGCACUUGGCAACUACUUGAGUACGCUGCUUGUCAACGUUGUUACAGAUGUGAGCACUAGGGGUGGAAAGCCUGGGUGGAUACCAGACAACUUGAAUUACGGUCAUCUUCACUACUUUUUCUGGCUUCUGGCUGCCUUGAGUGUGGAGAUCCCCGAGAAUACCAUGGCAGAAGACGACAUGUACACAAAAGAUGGGACAAUGAAUAUCCACAACAAACCUGCUAAUAAGAAGAAAACUGGACAAUGGAAGGCUUGCCGCUUUAUCCUUGGGAAUGAAUGUUGUGAAAGGUUGGCAUACUAUGGGAUGAGUACCAAUCUGGUUAACUACCUCCAGAUACGUCUCAACCAGGGAAAUGUGACUGCCUCAAACAAUGUCACAAAUUGGUCAGGGACUUGCUAUAUCACCCCAUUGAUAGGAGCAUUUUUGGCUGAUGCAUAUUUCGGAAGAUUUUGGAUAAUUGCCAUUUUCUCAAUCAUCUAUUUCUGUGGAAUGGUGUUGUUAACCAUGACUGCUUCAAUUAAAGGACUAAGGCCAUCAUGCGAUGAUAAUGGUUGUGACCCAACUAAAUUACAAAGUGCAGUAUGCUUUAUAGCACUAUACUUAAUUGCUCUUGGAACGGGUGGAAUCAAGCCAUGCGUCUCAUCCUUUGGUGCUGAUCAAUUUGAUGUGAAUGAUGAGGCUGAGAAGAAGAAGAAGAGCUCUUUCUUCAAUUGGUUUUACCUUUCCAUAAACGUUGGAGCGCUUAUAGCUUCCUCAGUUUUGGUCUGGAUACAAAUGAAUGUGGGUUGGGGUUGGGGGUUUGGGAUCCCUGCAGUUGCAAUGGCCAUUGCAGUUGUGUCUUUCUUUUCAGGUAGCAGGAUGUACCGGCUUCAAAAACCUGGAGGGAGUCCUCUAACGCGAAUUUGCCAGGUUCUGGUUGCAUCCACAAGGAAAUAUCAUGUGAAAGUUCCCAAUAAUAAGUCUCUUCUUUAUGAGACUAAAGAUGCAGAAAGUAAUAUUAAAGGAAGUUGCAAACUUGAACACACUGAAAAAUUGAGAUUUUUUGACAAGGCUGCUGUAGAGGUUGAAAGCGACCAUGUGAAGAGCUCGAAUAACCCAUGGAAACUCUGCACAGUGACCCAAGUUGAAGAGCUCAAGUCCAUCCUCCGGUUGCUUCCAGUAUGGGCAACUGGAAUACUCUUUUCAACUGUCUAUAGUCAAAUGAGUACUAUGUUUGUUUUGCAAGGCAACACCAUGGACCAACACAUGGGCCCCAACUUCAAGAUUCCAUCAGCAUCCCUCUCUCUCUUUGACACUCUCAGUGUUAUCUUUUGGGCACCCGUUUAUGAUCGAAUCAUUGUUCCAUUUGCUAGGAAGUUCACAGGACAUGAACGGGGAUUCACUCAGCUGCAACGAAUGGGUAUUGGGCUUGUUAUUUCCAUUAUUUCCAUGAUUGUUGCUGGGAUUUUGGAGGUUAUUCGGCUCAACUAUGUGAGGAAGCAUAACUACUAUGAUCUUGAGUACAUCCCCAUGUCAAUAUUUUGGCAAGUCCCACAGUAUUUCUUGAUUGGUUGUGCAGAAGUUUUUACCUUCAUUGGACAAUUGGAGUUUUACUAUGACCAAGCGCCCGAUGCCACGAGAAGUUUGUGCUCGGCUCUGUCACUCACAACUAAUGCAUUGGGAAAUUAUUUAAGUACUCUGCUAGUUACAAUUGUGAAUAAAGUGACUACAAGAAAUGGGAAGAUGGGGUGGAUUCCAGAUAAUAUGAAUAGGGGUCAUCUGGACUAUUUCUAUUGGCUAUUGGCCAUUCUUAGCCUGCUCAACUUCCUUGUGUAUCUUUGGAUCGCAAAAUGGUAUACUUACAAGAAGGUGACUGGCCGUCCUGGCUGACACACAUCGAGCAGUGUAAUUGGGUUGUUAUUUAUUCUAUAUCCUUUAUAUGGUUGUGGGCAUGGUGUUUCAACUUCAAGAUUUAAUUUUCUUUUCCUUGAAUAUUAUUGAAGUUCUUGUAAGUAUUGUGUUUGAGUCUUGAUUAUAAAGUAUUUGUCAAUUUCCUA